AUGCAGGGUGCGAGUGGCCCGAAUGUGUCAUUUAUCCAUACACAGAGGUUUACAAGGCUGCAUUAUCUCGUUAUUGAACUUGGAACGAAAGCCAUUAAAACCUUCUUCCUCAAGGAUGUUGUUAGGCCUGGCAUCACUGACGGUGGGGACAUCAGUGAUAACAAUGCAGUGGUUCAGUUUUUAGGCAAGAAAGGCGUGAGAAAGGAACUUGAGAAACUCAAGAAAACAAAGGCCAUAUACGACUCUCAGUGGAAUCUGUUGUACCCUGCCUCUGGUCAUACAGAUGUGGAAACGUUUGACAUUACAUUGCUGGUGUUAUUGAUAAGAAAUCUUCACCCAGACAAAGCCAACCUAAAAUGGCCCAAAGCAAAUGCCACGACAAGUACCCCUCCACAAAUGACACAGGGUUUCAUUGAACACAUCCAACGGCUUAAAAAUGUCAGGAAUUUUUUACAGCAUUCCGCCAAAUAUGGGAUCCAAGACAUGGAGAAAUUCCGCACAAAUUGGGAAAUCGCCGGUGCUUCUGUUCUAGCACUUGGUGCAGAUCCAAAGGAAGUGGAAAAGAUACAGGAAUUCAACUUUAGCUUACAGGAGAUAGAUACAAUAGUGUUGGACGGUGUCUGGAAGGCCUGGUCAGAGUGGGAGACGUGUUCUCUCUCGUGUGGCGGCGGCACCCAGGGCCGUUCUCGUGAAUGCGAUGGCCCAUUCUAUCACGGGCAAAAUUGCUCCGGUCCCUUCACUGAGUCAAGAGCCUGCAAUACACAUAAUUGUCCAAUUGACGGCGUUUGGGUCACGUGGUCCGCAUGGGGUACGUGCAAUACGACCUGUGGCGGUGGAAUUCAAAGCAGGUGGAGGGUCUGCGACGGACCGUUCUUCGGUGGUGCCAACUGCUCUGGUCCAACAGAGGAUUUUCAGCCAUGCAAUACUCAUCACUGUCCAGUUGACGGUGUCUGGACCAACUGGACCUCCUGGGACACCUGCAAUGUCACCUGCGGGGGUGGUAUGCAACACCGCUACAGAACUUGUACCGGGCCGUUUUAUGGCGGUCUGAAUUGCUCGGGACCAGAUAUCGAUUCCAAGAUAUGCAAUGACUUCUAUUGUCCAGUUGACGGAAUCUGGGAAGCUUGGACCGAAUGGAACAGCUGCAACGUUAGCUGUGGCGGUGGAAUUCAGUCUCGGCAGCGUUCGUGUGACGGUCCGUUUUAUGGCGGGGCUAACUGUUCAGGGCCCGCUGUCGAGUAUCAAGAUUGUCACACCCAUCCGUGUCCAAUUCAUGGCUACUGGGGCGUGUGGUCUGAGUGGUCAACCUGUAAUGUCAGUUGUGGUGGUGGACAGCAGUCACGUGUCCGGGACUGCAUAGCGGGUCUCCAUGGCGGCAGCAACUGCACCGGGAGCAACAUCGAGUACCAGGACUGCAACCCGCACCAUUGUCCAAUCGAUGGGAAAUGGCGAGCGUGGUCAGCAUGGACCAACUGCAGUGGAUCAUGCGGAACUGGGCAACGGUCAAGGUUCCGGACAUGUGCCGGACCUUAUUACGGUGGUCGAAAUUGUACUGGAGAUGCCAGUCAAGUAGAGGCAUGCAACGUGCACGAGUGUCCAGUUGAUGGGAUCUGGAAAGCUUGGAGUAACUGGACUAAUUGCGAUGUGUCGUGUGGCGGAGGAACACAAAAUAGGACCCGAGAGUGCGACGGUCCGUAUUUCCUAGGUGAAGACUGUCACGGACCUACGGAGGAAGUUAGAAAUUGCAACACUCACGAAUGUGCAGUGGACGGAGUAUGGGGUAACUGGACGGCCUGGGACACCUGUAGUACCAGCUGUGGGAACGGCACACAGUGGCGCUACAGGGGCUGUAUUGGGCCGUUUUUCGGUGGAAAGGAAUGCCAGGGAAACUGGAACGAAUCUCAGGCCUGUAACACUCACCACUGCCCAGUUGACGGCGUAUUCACCAGCUGGAGCGAGUGGUCGAACUGCACAGUCCAGUGCGGGGGCGGGACCAGGUGGAAGGACAGAACGUGUGACGGCCCAUAUCACGGCGGAAAAAAUUGCGAGGGAGCAUGGAGCGAAUCUGAGACUUGCAACACACAUAAGUGUCCAAUUGAUGGUGUUUGGGGAAAUUGGACAGAAUGGACGGUUUGCACAGUGACGUGUGGCGGAGGUAUACAGAAUCGUUCACGUGACUGUGACGGGCCGUACUACGGUGGGGCAAACUGCUCGGGCGCAGCGCGUGAGCAACAGGAAUGCAACACUCAUCCGUGUCCCAUCGACGGUCAAUGGAACGAGUGGUCAGAGUGGGGUCAGUGCUCUGUCUCUUGUGGAGGAGGGGAGCAGGACAGGACGCGCACGUGCUCCGAGGUGUUAUAUGGAGGUCAGAAUUGCACUGGGAAUACAACUGAUGUCAGGCAGUGCAACACUCAUGAAUGCCCCGUUGAUGGCAUUUGGAGCAAUUGGACGGAAUGGAGCGAGUGCUCACAUCUAUGUGGGGGAGGGGAACAGUGGCAUUCCAGAGAAUGUAUCGGUCCCUUUUUCGGCGGUGCUGACUGUGACGGGCCGGCAAAUGAAACCAGAGCUUGUAACGAGCACAACUGUCCUGUGGAUGGACAAUGGCUAAGUUGGUCAACCUGGGCAAUUUGUACUGCCAGCUGCGGAGGGGGGACACAGCGGCGCUCGCGCAUGUGCAUGCUGCCACGCUACGGCGGCCAAAUGUGCGAAGGAGAGUCGACCCAGACAGGCUUUUGCAACGACAACCCAUGUCCAGUGGAUGGAGCAUGGAGUUUGUGGACGAGGUGGUUCACAUGUAAUGUCACAUGUGGCGGUGGUAUUCAAAGGCGCUACAGGAGUUGCGCUGCCGCCCAACAUGGCGGCAAAAGUUGUGAGGGCGACAGCGAGGAAUUCAUGCAAUGCAAUACCCAUAAUUGUCCCGGGCCAUGGAUGGAGUAUGGCAAGAAUGGACAGCAUGGGAAGCAUGCUCUCGUGAAUGUGGAGGUGGCAUGCAGUCGCGAAAUAGAGUAUGCGAUGGCCCUUACUACGGGGGCCUGGCUUGCCAGGGUCCUAAAAAUGACUCACGCGCUUGCAAUGAGCACGCAUGCCCAGCUUAUCGCCUUUGCUGUUAAAAUUUUAGUGGAUGGCUCAUUCAGUCUCUGGUCAGACUGGGGGCAGUGUUCGGUCAGCUGUAACGGCGGGAUACAGUGGCGUAGCAGGGAGUGCUGGGGCGUGGCACACGGCGGGGCGGAUUGUGUUGGAGCGAGGAAUCAGUCUCAGGAGUGUAACGUUCACCCAUGUCCCGUCGACGGAGUUUUCACUCAAUGGUCUGAAUGGGAAACGUGCAACGUCACUUGCGGAGGGGGAACGCAGAACCGAGAGCGGACUUGUGACGGACCUUUCCACGGUGGUCAAGACUGUAUCGGAGCUCUUGUGGACACCAGAGAUUGCAAUACUCACCACUGUCCCG